UCCCGGCCGCCAGCCGCCUGCAGCCGUCAGUGACUGAGACCAGUGGCCAGUGGUCGGCGGUCGGCGGUCCCUGUUCAGUGGUCAGUGGGCAGCGGCUGUGGUACAGUGGUCACUGGUGGCCCGCUCACGUCACCAGUGCAGUAGGGACGCAGCGGCGGAGAGGCAGCAAGGCUUUUUGUUGUCUCUCUCCAGGAAGGACCGGCCUGAGGCCUCACGGGGGCUCCGUGUGGCGACAGGGAGGUCGGAGCGGCGACCCGCCCAGACAGGGGGUCAAGCGGCGACCCGUGCAGACAGUCUGAGCGGCAGAGCGGCGACCCGUGCAGACAGUCAGAGCGGCGGCCCGUGCAGACAGUCAGAGCGGCGGCCCGUGCAGACAGUCGGAGCGGCGACCCGUGCAGACAGGGGGUCGGAGCGGCGGCCCGUCCGGCAGGAUGCGGUUCCCGCGGCGGACGGUGCUGCUGCUGCUGCUGCUGGCGGCCACAGCGGCGCCCAGCACCGGUUUUACGUUUCCUGACGCUGAGUCGGCUCCGCUGGGCUCCAGCACCCCGGCGGCGGCCGACCCGGCCUCCAGCACCCCGGCUGCGGCGGCCGGCCCGGCGCCGGGGCUCGGCGCCGAGGACUACGACGACUACGGCCCCACUGUGGACCCGGCCCUGGAGGGCGGCAUCGAGGAGCGCUUCUUCUUCGGCAAGGACGUGUCGGCCAGUAUCGGACGGAAGCUGGGCGCCGCCGCCAGCAGCCUGCUCGGCACCCUGGGCGCGGCCAAGAGCCGGCCGCCGCCGCCGGUCCCGCCGGCCCGCGCCGCCGCCACCGCCGGCUACGGCGGCGCCUACCCGCCCACUCUGGACCUGUACGACGACUCCGAGUACCCGGAGUACGGGGAGCCGCCGGCCGGGCCCCCGGCGCGAGGCUAUGGCGGGUGGUCCGUACCGGACGCCGACCUGACGUCCGCCGGCGGCGCGGGCAACUCGGUGGACGACUACCCGGAUUACGGACCGGAACCGCCGACCAGCCCGCGGUUUUUGCAAGGAUUCCCAGUCGACCGGCGGGGCCGCAUUAUGUGCGCCAAGGUGCCGCGCUGGAAGAAGAAGGCCUGCAGGAAGGCGCGCCGCCAGCAGCGCCGCAGGGGCGUCACCCAGCGGCCGGCGCCGACCGCCGCUCCGACCGCCGCGCCGACCGCCGCUCCGACCGCGCCGCCCGUCACCUGCCCGUCCGUGCCCGACGGCCCGACCAUGAAGAAGGCACAGGAGACCUGCUGCGGGCUCCAGCAGCGCGGCGACCUCUACGGCUUCAACAACUGCUGCCAGACGCUCGGCUUCUGCCCCGUCUGCCCCGUCGACUCGGAGAAGCUGGCCCAGGAGGACUGCUGUCCGCUGCAGCACGACGGCGACACGCUGGGCUUUCGGCAGUGCUGCUCGCGCUACGGCACGUGUCCCGAGUGCGGGCCGGCGCCCACCAGCCAGCCAGAAGGACCGGUAGGCUGCGUCUACAAGGGAAAGCUGUUCCCUGUUGGCGAAACGCUCGACCGGAUUGCCUCCAAGUGUAUGUUUGUCUUCUGCAAGGACAACGGAGCUGGGCCCGAGGUGGUGCUGGACUACAUCCCCAGCGUGGGCUGCUGUGAGCGGCCCGGCGAGGGGCAGCUGUACCCGCCGGGGCACGCUGUGCCGCAGGACGACUGCACCAACCUGGUCUGUCGGGACGGCGCCUGGACGCCGGAGCCGACCGACGCCGCCGCGAUAUUCGCGCGCCCGUGUCCGGAGGGCUGGUUGGACCUGGGCGGCUCGUGUGUCUUCAUCUGGAGGGAGCUGAUGACGUUCAACAACGCCACGGCGGCGUGUCAAAAGCUGCGCGCGCGGCUGGCGCUGCCACAGAACGCAGCCCAGCUGGAGCAGCUCAUCAGCGUAUUCCGGAACAUGGAGGGGCGCGACUCGACGCGCGAGCUGGGCGGCUGGGUGAACGCCCGCUUCAGCGGCCGCCAGUGGCAGACGCUGCAGGGCGACACGCUGACGUUCGCGCCCUGGGAGGAGGGCCACCCGGACGACCUGCGGCGCACCAACUGCGCUGGCCUCACCGUCACGCGCCAAUCGCAGGGCUGGAAGGACUAUAUGUGCGACAACCGGGCCAACAUGCUCUACCCCAUCUGCCAGGUGGACAAGCCCGGCUGCGGGGAUCUGAGCACCGGCUGCGGCCCGUUCGAAGGCGACAUGAUGUUCGCACCCAGCUCGGAGGUGUCCAUCUUCUCCAGCGACUGCGAGAGAUUCAUGUGCAACGAGCACAGCUACGUGGUGCGCGAGGUCAGCCCGCAAUGCUGCUACCACCACGAGUGGAACGGCCGGGCGUUCGGCCGCGACCGCGGCUGGUACACGGGCCUUUUCCCGGCCGGCGGCUUCCAGCCGUUCGAGGGGCUGCUUUGCGAGUGUGCCGCCGGCCGGGCCAGCUGCACCCAGUUCUUCUGAGCCGGCCGGCGCCCGCUCCACGCCGGUCUGCUCUGCCGCCCGCCCGCCCGCCAGCUGCACCCAGUUCUUCUGAGCCGGCCGGCGCCCGCUCCACGGCGGUCUGCUCUGCCGCCCGCCCGCCCGCCAGCUGCACCCAGUUCUUCUGAGCCGGCCGGCGCCCGCUCCACGGCGGUCUGCUCUGCCGCCCGCCCGCCCGCCAGCUGCACCCAGUUCUUCUGAGCCGGCCGGCGCCCGCUCCACGGCGGUCUGCUCUGCCGACCGCCCGCCCGCCCGGAGGAGCGAUGGCCAGCGGCCGACCGGCUGCACGACGCAUCCAGCUGCACUUUGGACUCACUGACACACUGACACACUGACUCACUGACACACUGACUCACUGACACACUGACUCACUGACACACUGACACACUGACACACUGACUCACUGACUCAUUGACACACUGACACACUGACACACUGACACACUGACUCACUGACUCACUGACACACUGACUCACUGACACACUGACUCACUGACACACUGACACACUGACUCACUGACACACUGACUCACUGACACACUGACACACUGACACACUGACGUGUGACGAGCCGACACACUGACUCACUGACUCACUGACUCACUGACUCACUGACACACUGACACACUGACUCACUGACACACUGACUCCCUGACUCACUGACUCACUGACACACUGACUCACUGACACACUGACACACUGACGUGUGACGAGCCGACACACUGACUCACUGACUCACUGACUCACUGACUCACUGACACACUGACUCACUGACACACUGACACACUGACACACUGACUCACUGACUCACUGACUCACUGACACACUGACUCACUGACACACUGACACACUGACUCACUGACACACUGACACACUGACACACUGACACACUGACACACUGACACACUGACUCACUGACACACUGACUCACUGACUCACUGACUCACUGACUCACUGACUCACUGACACACUGACUCACUGACACACUGACUCACUGACACACUGACUCACUGACACACUGACACACUGACACACUGACGUGUGACGAGCCGACACACUGACUCACUGACUCACUGACUCAUUGACUCACUGACACACUGACACACUGACUCACUGACACACUGACUCACUGACUCACUGACUCACUGACACACUGACUCACUGACACACUGACACACUGACGUGUGACGAGCCGACACACUGACUCACUGACUCACUGACUCACUGACACACUGACACACUGACUCACUGACUCACUGACACACUGACUCACUGACACACUGACUCACUGACUCACUGACACACUGACACACUGACACACUGACACACUUACACACUGACACACUGACACACUGACACACUGACUCACUGACACACUGACUCACUGACUCACUGACUCACUGACUCACUGACGUGUGACGAGCUGCUGUUAGAGAGCUCGCUGGUGAUAACUUUGGCAUACGACACAAAAUGAGAGAAAAUGAUAUCUGUAACAACCGUAAUCGCUAUGAUCGUGUAUAGGACCGAGCCAGAUUUGCAUCUAUAUGGUGGCGGCGUGGUGGCGCCCCUUUGUUUGUGGAAUUUAGUCUGGUUGUGCCGCUAUAUGCCAGCCACUGAUACAAUACAUUUUAGAAACGGGA